AUGAAUGUCGAAGUGUGUAAAAGGUUCAAGAAUGUAUGGACGAAUUUUCCCGAUGAAUUGAGUAAUGGAAAAUAUCAAUUUAAUGAUAUUAAUUUUUUCAAAGAGUAUUGUAUUAAUAAUUGUAGUAGUUAUAUUAAUAAAAUAAAUGCUGGAUGCUUAUAUUUGUUUGAUGAAUUUUUUAAGAAUUCUUCUGCCUUUGAGUCUGUUGCAAAAAGUAACAUCAAUAUUGUUGAAUACAUUAUGAUAUGGUUAAGUUAUAUGUUAAAUCUAAAGGAUAAUCCAGGAAUAACGUAUAUAAAUGAAUUUUAUGAUGAUUUUAUAAAUGAUAAUAAGUAUAAAAAUUCUAUAGACGGUGUUGAUGCUUAUAAUAGUUAUGAUGAUCUUAUAAAUAAAAAAAAAUUGAUGAAAACGAAUAUUAAAGAUAUAUCUAAAUUUUAUAAUGCAUUUAAAUUAUUAUGUGAAAUGUAUACUGAAUUUGAUGGAAACACGUCAAAUUGCAAAAAAUGUUCGGGAAAAGCUAAUCAAUUUGUUGAAAAAUAUAAAGAAUUUAAUGGAAAUUCUAGUAUUACUGGAAACAGUUCAUAUAGUCAAAUAUUGACUACUUUAUCAACCGAUUAUGAUAAUUUAAAAAAUAAAUGUAACAAUAUUUCAUCCUUUCCAACGAUAACAACAAAAUUUUCUGUACAAAGAUCUGAAGUUACAUCAACUUCGUCGAUAGAAAGCACAUUAAUUCCGGUUUUAUCGAUAUUUGGUGCAAUAGCAAUUUUUUUGGGAAUUUCUUAUAAAUAUUCGUUAUUUGGAUUUCGGAAACGGGAUCAAAAACAAUAUUUAAGAGAAAAGCUGAAAAAAUAA